AUGGCAAACAGCAACAACAACGGCAACGGUGUUGCGCCCUCUCUCGAGGUCGCCAUCGUGGGCGGUGGCGUAGUCGGCGUCAUCACGGCACUCGGUCUCCGUCGUCGCGGUAUCAAAGCAGUUAUUUACGAGCGAGCACCUACCUGGCAUGAAGUUAGCGCUGGAUUUGCAUUCACAGGCGCAGCACGGGUUUGGAUGGAGAUGUUGGAUCCUGCUCUCGUCGAACUCUUGGGCAACAUCAGCCAGAAGACGGACGCCAACACGAGCAACGCCUACUGGAAUGGCUACCACCCGCGAACCCGGGAGGAAUCUGAGGAUGAGUCAAAGUCUUUGCUCUUCCGGACGCCAACCAAUAACCUCAGCUUCUGGGGUUGCGUACGCUCGCAGUUCCUGCAAGGGAUGGCGGACCUUCUUCCUGAAGGUGCGGCAAAGUUUGGCAAGCAGCUUGUGAGCUACGACGACGACCACGAGAGCGGAAAGGUCGUGCUUCACUUUGACGACGGCAGCACAGCCGAGGCCGAUGUAUUGCUUGGCUGCGACGGUAUCCAUUCGGCCACCCGGAAAUUCAUGUUGGGGGCCGACCAUCCCGCAAGCCGGCCGGGCUUUAGUCACACUGUCGUCUACCGUACCAUGGUACCUAUCGAAGAGGGGAUUGCAGCCCUUGGCAACAAAGUUGCGAAGUGCGCCUGCAAUCACUUGGGUCCAAAUGCAGACCUGUUGGUGUAUCCGGUCAUGUCCGGAACUCUGCUCAACAUUGCCGUCUUCGCUUACGAAGAGUCGGAGUUUCCCGACCCGGACAAAAUGAUA